AGCACUUUGCACCUUACAAAAUGUGGAUUGCGGUCAUCGUAAUUUCCUUGGCUUUACUGGCCUUUUUGUAUAAAUUACUUGUGGGAAGUGGACCGAAUCCCUUUGCGAUCGACACACGAGAGCCCCUGAAGCCCAAGGUGUUCGACGAGAAGCUGAAAAAUAAAGUCCUGAAACAAGGUUUCUUGGCCAGUAGAGUUCCUGAGGAUUUGGAUGCAGUAGUGGUCGGCAGUGGGAUUGGUGGACUGGCAAUUGCUGUCCUGUUGGCCAAAGUGGGCAAGAAGGUUCUUGUUCUGGAGCAACAUGACCGGGCUGGAGGAUGCUGUCACACCUUUACAGAGCAAGGCUUUGAGUUUGAUGUUGGCAUCCACUAUAUUGGGGAACUGUUGGAUCACACGCCAUUUCGAUGUUUGAUUGACCAAAUGACCAAUGGGCAGCUGCAGUGGGAUCCGCUGGAAAACCCCUUUGACAAAGUGGUCAUUGGUCCACCUAAAAACCGGCGCAUAUACCCAAUCUACAGCGGCCGAAAGCGCUACAUGGACGAACUGAAAAAGUGCUUCCCGGGAGAGGAAAAGGCCAUUGACAAAUUUGUGAGGCUCUGCGAGAAAGUCGCACCUGGAAUAUGGUUCAUGGUCCUGCUGAAGCUUGCCCCGGCUCCUUUUGCAAAGUUCCUGGUGCGCACGGGUCUGGCCAGUCGCUUAACAUCCUUCUUCAGCUAUGCGUCCCGCAGCCUGAAGGAUGUGGUGAAUGAGCUUACACAGAAUAAGGACCUGAGAGCCGUGCUCUCCUACAUCUUUUUGACCUAUGGCAAUAUUCCCAAAGAAGCAAGCUUUUCCAUGCAUAGUAUACUUGUGUGCCACUUCAUGAAUGGUGCUUGGUACCCCAAGGGUGGUGCCAGCGAGAUCGCCUACCACAUGAUUCCCAUUAUUGAGAAGGCAGGAGGUGCUGUGCUUGUUAGAGCACCUGUAAACCGCAUUCUCCUCAAUGAUGCUAAAGAGGCUAUUGGUGUGAGUGUUCUGAAGGGACAGGAGGAAGUGCAUGUACGAGCCCCCAUUGUGAUUUCAGAUGCUGGAAUCUUUAAUACCUAUGAACAUCUCCUGCCCAAAGAUGUGCAGACUAUGCCUGCAAUUCAGAAACAGUUGAGUAUGCUAAAGCAUGGAGAGAGUGGUCUCAGCAUUUUCAUUGGUUUAAAUGGGACAAAAGAGGAGCUCGAGCUAAAAGCGGACAAUUUCUAUGUCUUUCCUGAGAACAAUUUUGAUGAGCUGUUUGAGGCUUACAGGAAAGGAAACAGGGAAGACUCUGCUAAAAAGUUGCCUGUAAUUUUUGUGGCCUCACCUUCUGCCAAAGACUCAACCUGGCCAGAAAGGGAACCAGGUAAAUCUACCUUGUCUGUGGUUACCUUUGCCAAAUAUGAAUGGUUUGAAGAGUGGAAAGAUGACAAAGUGAAGAACAGGAGCACAGAUUAUAAGGAGUUGAAGCAAAUGUUCAUCAACUACAUACUGGAGGGAGUGACUGAGAUCUAUCCCAAGAUCAAGGACAGGAUUGAAUAUGUGGAGGCAGGCACCCCAAUCACAAAUCAGUUUUAUAUUGGCUCUCCAAAGGGAGAGGUUUAUGGUGCUGAUCAUGGUAUUUCUCGUUUUAACGUUGAACUGAAUGCCACCCUCAGACCGCAGACACCAGUUAAAAACCUCUAUAUUACAGGUCAGGAUCUGAUGUUGUGUGGUUUUGCUGGUGGGUUGAGUGGAGCUCUGACUUGUGCUUCUGCCAUCAUGGACCGUAAUCUGUAUCUGGAUUUAUUCCUUCUUAGCAGAAGAGUCAAAAAUACCAACAACAAUAAGAAAGUAUAAAUAUCAGUAAUACAUUAUCUUAAUAAUCUUUGCACUGCUUAAAUUAAAUCACUCAUGUAUUUGCACCUAGUCAUUUCUGUAAGCUCCUUUAAAGUUUACCAUGUGCCAUGCUGAUUCAAAACUUCACUACAUUUCCAAACCUAAUUUUUUAUGGGCACAAAAGGGGAACAGAGUAGAUGCAGAUGGUUUUACUGUACAAAUAAUCACUUAAGGACAUUCAAGGGUAAAACAAAAAUCUCUCUCAAACCUACUUGAAACCAAAAUCCUUAGUAAAGUAUUCUAAGUAAAGUUAUGUGUGAAAAGAAGACUGAUAUUUUACAAGUCUGAAAUAAAAUCUUAGUUGCACUUUAAUUACAUAAUUCUGGAUCUAGGCAGAUCUGUAUAAAUGAUUCUGGCAUAUUUACUUGUAUGUUUUGCUGCAGUAGCAGAAAUAUUUCAGAACUGUAUCAUCCUGCCAACAAUUCAGCUAAUAUUUAAAAUGGAGACUUGAGCAUACUAAAUGAACAGUUAAUCAAUGCAAUGGAUGCUUGUGUCUACUGUUCAAAAUAAAUUAAAGGGAACAUUCAAUCAAA